AUGGCUAAGAAAGGAGAUGAGAAUGAGGAAAAGACCGAAUUGCUGGUUUUCGGUUAUGCCUGUAAACUAUUUCGAGAUGAUGAGAGGGCUCUUUUGAUUGAUAAUGAAACUCAUUUGAUCCCCUGGAUGGGAGACGAAUCUCUCAAAAUCGAUAGGUACGAUGGAAGAGGUGCACUCUAUGAUUUGGCUUCUCACGAAUCACAACCCGGAAGUUGGGAUCAAUUGAGUCCGGAGGAGCUAGAAAUCGAAGAGCGUUGUGACAGUGAGCGUUAUAGGUCGCUGUUUAUGAAUGAAGUUGAGGAAAUUACCUAUAAGGAAGAACAGGUGAAGCGGCAGCAGCAAGACUACGGUCAGAUAGCUUAUGAUUACGAUGCCCAAAUGUCUGUAGACAGUGCGGACCAACCUGAAUUGCCAAGCAAACCAUUUGUGCCUCCUCCUGACAUGGUUUUACCACCAGAUCUAAAAGUACCUGAAACAAUGAAGCACAGUGCUAUCAUUGAAAGGACUGCAUUGUUUAUCGCUCAACAAGGUUCACAAAUGGAAAUCCUUAUGAAAUUAAAACAACAGGGAAAUAAAAACUUUGAUUUUCUUUCACAUAAUGAUCCUUUACACGAAUUUUACAAGCACGUUCUUUCCUUAAUUAAAUCGGGUAGUUAUGUUCCUACUUCGCAGGAACACAUUUUCGAUGAAAAUCCUGUCGAUGUGAGUACUGAGGACGAUUCUGAUGGACAUUAUCUGCAUCCAAGUUUAGUAACUACUUUAAAUCCUAAAAAUGCUCCCCCUCCGCCUACAACAGUGCCAUCUGCUGAUAAAUCUUCUCAGCCUUCAAAUGAACCUCCUCUUCUCGUUCAGAAAGUUGUAGAAAAAAUGAUUAAUUAUGUAAUACGCAAUGGCCCAGCAUUUGAAAGAGCUAUUAUGAGAAAAGAUGAUGAAAGAUUUAAUUUCAUUCGCACAACGCAUAAAUAUUAUGCUUUUUAUCGAAGUUCUUUGAUGAAGAAACAGAAAAUAUACAAUGAAGAACUCCUGCAAAAACUUCAAAAGCAAAAAGCAGCCGAAGAAAAAAUUCAACAAAGCACAGAAGAUCAUGAAACUAAAACUUUUAAGAAAAGACCCCUACCUGUUAACUUCUCUAUUAAAAAACCAAAAGAGAGCAAAGGAUUAGAGGUUCCGAGUGCUUUGCCUGUUGAGGAAAGUUCUGAUGAAGACGAAGAUGUUUCCUCUCCUAAACAGUCAUCGAGUCAAGGAUCGAACAAGACAGAAUCCCAUUCGGGAGAAACCUCUGAUGAUCCAGAAUAUAUUAAUCCUUUGACCAAAAGAUUAAAAAAAUCAAACGAGACAACAAAAAAACAUAAGCAGAAAAAAGAUGCCAUAUUACAGAGUGAAAGGAAAUUAAAAGUGGCUCAGUUUAUAAAGGAUUUGAAAAAAAAAUCAUCGUGA